AUGAUAUUUGGUUUCUUUUGUUGCUAUGAAUUGAAUUUUAAUUUAGGUUAUGAUUUUGGACAAUACUAUUCUCGCAUUCGUAUAUAUGAAUACACAGAUUAUUCUAAUGUAAAAUUUCUGAAAUUUAACAUCUAUGGUCCAACAAACUUAGCUAAUUGGUCAAUAAUUAUUGAUGCGGAAGGAAAAUGUACAAAUUAUCUUGCUAAUAUUCAUUUCGAUCUUCAAUAUGGCGCUUAUCCAUUGAUUGCUCCACAAAAUGAAUCAUUUCCUGAAACCUAUAUAAGUAGUCGUCAUGAUUUAAUUACAACAGUAUUUAAUCAAACAGUAUCUAAUGGAACAGUUCAAUUGAGAAAUCCUUUGAGAGGAACAUGGUUUGCUAUGGCAUUUGUUGAACGUUUACCAACAAAUACCAAAACUAAAAGAUCUUCUAGUAACUGUAACAUUUAUCUAACAACUUGGCUUGAUUAUCAAGCUGUACCAGUCCCAUUAACACUAACUCUUAAUCAACAACUUCAAAUUAUUCUAUCAAAUAAUUCAACAUUUGUUUAUGCAUCAUAUUAUACAUCAACAGGCAAUUCUCGACUUACUGUUUUAUCCGAAUGGCUUUCGGAUUGUGAUAUAGACAUACGAGGACGAAUCAAUGGAUUGCCAAGUGUUUUUCAAUAUGAUUAUCGAAUUGUAUGUAAAAAUGGUUCAUGUUCUUCAAUAGAAAUCGAUCAAUUAGCUGCAUUUGUUUGGAUUUAUUUUCAAAUAUCAGUGAAUAAUUUAUCAUGUUUAAAUAAUCCUAUACAUGGUUCUAUGCUUGUUCAUUCAUCAGACUGUUUAUCGUAUUCAUAUAAUGAUACUUGUAUUCAAUCAUAUCCAACUCGACGCCUUAUAUUUAAUUAUUAUUUUGAUUUUUUAUAUUUGCCUACGUAUACAAAUACUAAUGUUAGUUCAAUAACAUUGAAUGGAAGUGAUUUAUCUAUUUAUUCAUAUGAAUUUAUUGUUGAUGAUAGAAAUAUUGGUGGAACAAUACAUAUUGAUUUUGAAACUCAAAUCAAGCCUCAUGUUCCAUUGAAUGCAAAUGUUAGUAUUCUUGGAUGUUUAUCUAAAAAUCAACCACGUCGAUAUCAUACAUGUGAAAUUGAUUAUAAAAUAUAUAUUAAUAAAAAUUCAGUUGUUGUCAGAUCAUUACCUUAUCCAGAAAUGGCUCUUUGGUAUUUAACAUUAGAACAUAAUUGCAAUGAUUCAAAGAAUGUAUGUGCUAAUGCAACAAUGUCACUUACAUUUCAAAUAUCAUCAUCACAGUGCACUCGAGAACAAUGUGGAACAUAUGGCGUUUGUAGAAUAGUAACAUCACAACAAAAUAUUUUUUCUGCUUGUACAUGUAUUGCUGGUUAG